CCUGUUUUCCUUCCAUUUCUCUCGUGUUGGUCACAUGAUCAGUUGUCCUCUUUGGUUCAACUGUAUUAUGAGUUGUAAUAAAAUCAAAGUUUCUGUCUUUAUUUUAAGAAGAUAAAAAAGGCUACCUUUUUUAAUCAAAUCUUUCUCUGUCUCUCACACCCAAAAAAGACGGCAAAUUGGGCAGUUUACCCAAGAAAAAAUAAAUCAAAAUACACUGUUUUAUGUAAUCUUUGCUGUACAUAUUUCUACUGCACUAAUUGAGCUACUAUAAAUGAACUCCUUUUCGCUGAUUAUUUUCUAAUUUUUCAUUGAUUAUUCAUUCAUACAAACAAAUGGGGAUGAGCUUAAUUUCAGUACAUUGCUUUGUUUUGGUAUUGGUUUUGCAAUUAGCAGUUGGAAAUGCCGGAAAUGUUUCAUUUGAUACUCGUUCUUUCAUAAUUGAUGGCCAAAGGAAGCUUCUUAUUUCUGCUGCUAUUCAUUAUCCUCGUAGUGUUCCUGCUAUGUGGCCAGGUCUAAUUCAACUGGCAAAGGAAGGUGGUGCUAAUGUCAUUGAAUCAUAUGUUUUUUGGAAUGGACAUGAAUUAUCUCCUGACAAUUAUUAUUUUGGAGGACGGUAUGAUCUGGUCAAGUUUGUGAAGACUGUGCAGCAAGCUGGGAUGUAUAUGAUUCUUCGUAUUGGACCAUUUGUUGCGGCAGAGUGGACUUAUGGAGGGGUUCCUGUUUGGGUGCACUAUGUGUCAGGAAUGGAAUUUAGAACUGACAAUGAGCCAUGGAAGCAUUACAUGAAGAAGUUCACAACAUAUAUUGUAAAUCUAAUGAAGAAAGAGAAACUUUUUGCUUCACAAGGAGGUCCAAUCAUCAUGUCUCAGAUAGAAAAUGAAUAUGGGUAUUAUGAAGGAUAUUAUGGAGAUGGAGGGAAAAGAUAUGCAAAAUGGGCAGCCGAAAUGGCCCUUUCUCAGAAUACAGGUGUGCCUUGGAUAAUGUGCCAGCAGUGGGAUACACCGGAUCCUGUGAUAAAUACUUGUAAUGGAUUCUACUGUCAUGAUUUUACUCCUAUUUCUCCCCAUAGUCCUAAGAUUUGGACAGAAAACUGGCCUGGAUGGUUUAAAACUUUUGGAUCCAUGGAUCCUCAUAGGCCUGUUGAAGACGUUUCUUUUGCCGUUGCUCGUUUUUUUCAGAAGGGUGGCAGUGGAAACAACUAUUACAUGUAUCACGGUGGAACAAAUUUCGGACGCACUGCCGGUGGGCCAUUCAUUACAACAAGUUACGAUUAUGAUGCACCAAUUGACGAAUAUGGUUUACCAAGGCUUCCCAAGUGGGGACAUCUCAAAGAACUUCACGGGGCAAUAAAGUUGUGUGAGAAUGCUCUACUUCAUGGUAAAAGGACUAAUUUAUCUCUUGGCCCUCUGUUAGAGGCUGAUGUAUAUACAGACUCUUCUGGAUUAUGUGCUGCCUUCCUUUCAAAUUCAGAUAACAAGACUGACUCGGUUGUGAAAUUCAGAAAUAUGACGUACCAUCUGCCUGCAUGGUCAGUCAGCAUCCUGCCUGACUGCAAAAAUGUAGUAUAUAACACUGCCAAGGUUGGGUCUCAGACGUCUGUAGUUGAUAUGGUGCCGGAGGAUUUUCAGCCAUCAGUUGUGUCUCCAGACGAAGACUUGAAAGCUCUGCAAUGGGAAGUGUUUCUUGAAAAGCCUGGAACAUGGGGAUAUCCGGAUUUCAAUAUUACCGGUUUUGUUGAUAAUAUAAAUACAACCAAGGAUAUAACCGACUACCUUUGGGUCACUACAAGCGUUUAUGUUGAUGAGAAGUUUUUGAAAAACAGUAGCAGUCCAGUACUAUUGGUGAAGUCAAAGGGCCAUGCUAUGCAUGUUUUCGUAAAUCAAAAACUUCAAGGUAGCGCAUCGGGGAAUGGAACAGUCUUUCCCUUUGAUGUUAAAAUUCCAAUCACUAUGAAGGCUGGAAAUAAUGAAAUUGCUCUUCUUACCAUGACUGUCGGUCUGCCGACUGCAGGUCCAGGUUACGAAUGGAUAGGAUCAGGCUUGACCAGUGUUGAGAUCCAAGGGCUUAACAAUAAAAUUCUGAAUUUGACUGAAGUUUCAUGGGAUUACAAGGUUGGACUAUUGGGUGAGUUUUUGGAUCUAUACAAAGGGGAAGGUUUGAAAAGUACAAAGUGGGUGUCAACCGCCAACCCACCCAAGCAGAGACCGCUUACAUGGUACAAGGUUUUGGUGGACCAUCCCUCUGGUAAUGACCCUGUAGGGCUGGAUAUGAUACAUAUGGGAAAGGGCUUAGCAUGGUUGAAUGGAGAAGAAAUCGGUAGAUAUUGGCCUCGAAAAAGUUCCAAGCACGAUGCUUGUGUUGAUCAUUGUGACUACCGAGGCAGUUUUUCACCCAACAAGUGCUCCACGGGAUGUGGAGAACCAACUCAGAGAUGGUAUCAUGUACCGCGGUCUUGGUUCAAGCCAUCUGGAAAUGUACUGGUUAUCUUUGAAGAGAGUGGUGGAGAUCCAACUCAAAUUAGGUUUUCCAAAAGGAGAGCCGCGGGUUUUUGUAGUCUAGUAUCCGAGGACCACCCGACUAUUUCUGUUGAAUCCUGGACAACUGCUACGGAAGAGACCCAUGACAAGAAAGCAACGGCACAGUUACACUGCCCUAGCAACACUCGCAUUUCUGCUAUCAAGUUCGCAAGUUUUGGGAACCCGUCAGGAGCUUGUGGAUCCUUCAGUCAGGGAAACUGCCAUGAUCCCAAUUCUGCUUCUGUAGUAGAAAAGAUUUGCUUGAACAGAAGUAAGUGUAGCAUUGAGCUCAGUGAAGAGAAUUUCGAUUUGAGUUCAUGUUCCGGAACAAUUAGAAGACUUGCUGUUGAAGCAGUUUGCAGCUGAAAUGGCAGUUAAUUAUAGAAUCCCUAGAGUUUUUAAUAACAUAAUGCUCAUAAAAAAAACUCAAAUUCCAUCGAGUGUUUGAGUUUCUCAUAGUUUACCUCAGCUGCGUAAAAA